ACAAAGCAUGUUAGCAAACAUACAGGAGUGGGGCGAGCGGUGUCUGCCUGUUAACCAGCUGAUUGUCCACCCAGACAGAAAGCAGGGAGGGAGGGGAGCAGAGAGAGGAGUGACUACUGAUGCUCCAGUAAUCUGCACUGUCUGAGUCAGUGCUGUGUGGAGAGCAAAGCAGCAACAGAAAACAGCAGCUGCAGCAGCGUGAGACACGUUUUCCCCCUCUCUCUCUCCCUCUCUCUCUCUCGCAACCGUCAACAGAGCAGAAGAGCAGCAUGGGAGAGCUGAGUGCUAGGAGGAAGUGAGAGAGCUGUAUAGAAAGCUGACGUUGGAAGGGAGGGAAGUGAAAAGGCAGACACGGUGCCGGCUUCUUUUUUGACAGGCUCGUUCUGUGUUUUUUUUUUGAGUUUUUGGUUGAAAGACAGAGUGUAGGAGAUCGCUACGUUAGUCUAAACUGAUCCAGAGGAAGUUUACUGUCAGAGCUCGGAGGUGGCAGCAGGUUAAGGACUCGACGUGGUGCAGGGAUGUCCUGGUUGUCGCCAGUCCAGUGGGCCAAAUGGACGUGGUCAGCAGUGACUGGGGUCGCGGGGGAAGAUGGGCUGAUGGAGCAGCCAGGAGCAAAGGAUGACAGAGAUGUCAAUUCAGACUCGGAGGGGACCUUUGAGACUCCAGAGGCAGAGUCUCCAUGUGUUGUGAAUCUGCUGAGCCAGCUGGACAACUCCAACCACUCAGUUCUUCCUGAUGUUACAAACCACAUUCUGGACAAGAACUCCAACCAGGAUAUCGGCCCAACUUCUUCUGAAGAGGUCGAUUCCCUGAACAACAUCACCAGCUCAUCCACUAACAACAGCUGCUUCGGUUUGGAUCAGAACCUCAACAUGACCCUGAGCCCUAAACCAGGGGAAGGUCUCUCCCUGUCAAACCCCCUGCCCGAGCAUCAAGCCACCCGGCCCCCAUCACUGUCAGUUAUCUCCCCGCUGAACAAACCCGACCCUUCAGAGGUGGAUGACGAGGCUCCUGUGACAUCUGACUCCAGCCCAGACUCAAACCUGACACCCAGCCGUGACAUUUGUGUGGAUGCUGACUUGCUCAACGGCAACGUGAAUGCUGACUCUACGCUCGUGAAACUGGCGUGUAACUUGGAGGGAAGCAAGACCAGCGGCAAAAUUAUCACGAACUCCUGUAAAGUAAAGCAGAACGAGCCAAUGCAGAAGGACUUCAGUGGAAAAGACGACCAUCACGGAGGCCACGCCACAGAUGAGGAGAAGUUGGCAAGCAGUGCUGGUGUCAAACCGGACAAGGACCAAAGCAUCCAAGACUGCCAUGUGACAUCCAAACCUGUCGAAGCAGACUGCUGCUCUGUGCAAUACGAGGACCCGUGCAAAUUGAAGAACAAAUUGGGGGGAAGUGAGAUGCAGAAAACGGGAAGUCAGGUCCUGGAUUCCAUCUGCAUCAGCGAGGCAGAAAAACAGGCCGUUCUCACCCUCAUCAGGGAGGAGAUUCUCACUAAAGAGUCAGAAGUCAAUGAAUGGAAGAAAAAGUAUGAGGACUGCAGACAAGAAGUCAAUGAGAUGAGGAAGAUUGUUGCUGAGUAUGAGAAGACAAUUGCUCAGAUGAUUGAGGAUGAGCAGCGCAACAACGUCAGUUCCCAGAAGGCUUUGCAUGCUGUGACGAUGGAGAAGGAAGCUGCCAUGGCAGACCUGAACUCUGUGGAGCGGUCGCUCUCUGAUGUGUUUCGUCGCUAUGAAAAUAUGAAGAGCACAUUGGAGGGCUUUAAAAAAAAUGAGGAGGUGCUGAAGAAAUGCGCUCAGGAGUAUCUGGCCAGAGUGAAGCAGGAGGAGCAGAGAUACCAGACACUCAAACUCCACGCUGAGGAAAAACUAGACAAGGCUAAUGAGGAGAUCGCCCAAGUACGUGCAAAGGCAAGCUCGGAGAGCAUGGCACUGACCGCCAGUCUGAGGAAGGAGCAGAUGAAGAAUGAGUCCCUGGAACAAGCCCUGCUGCAGAAGAAUCAAGAGAUUGAAGAGCUCACCAAGAUCUGUGAUGAGCUGAUUGCAAAAAUGGGAAAAGUAGAUUGAGAGACACUUCCUGUGAAUCAGCCACUGCCGUCCCUCCGGUCCUGCUGACAGUGACGUCCUGUGCAUGUCCCCAGCCAAGAAGCAGCUCUCACAUCCCAUGCCAGCCCUGCAACUCGGAGACUGCUCAUGUACAGAUGUCUUAAAGUAACUUCCUGUAUACUACAAUACUUGUGACGAGAAUCGAAGAAGAUUCUGUACAUGCUAAAUAUUGUUGGGACUCUGUCGUAUGUUGUCACUUUGUUAUGUUUGCUUUUUGUGUCCAUUAUGAGGCCAUCUGGACCCCUCGUGCUUUUGUCCAUCAUGCCGGUGAACAACAACCUGCUUGUGACUCAGCUUAAAUUCCCAGCAGCUUAACAGCUAAAUUCUCAGCUGCUACUCCUCCAGCAGGAUGACAUCAGCUUUAAUGCAGCCAGGAGGUUGUUUUUGAGUUGUAUUUAGGCAUAGGCUUGAAUGGGCUUUGACAAGGAUUGUUUUAUAUGAAGCAACAAUCCAUAAAAUAUAUUUUUCUAUGAAGUAAACAAGGAUUUUACUCUGAAUUGGAGAAGCUCAGGGGUAUUGUGUGGAGUAGAAUUGAGGCCAGAGUGGGCAAGAACAGGAGGAAAGGAUUUGGGGUUGUUUGAGGAAACACAGUGGACCUUAAAGGUCUUGAUUUGUUCAGGAGGAACACUGCACCACAGUAAGUCUGGACCACACGUCAGUGACACAAUAGCUUAAAAUAAUAUUCAGCGCUUGCUUUAACUUGUCUGCAGUACUACACAGUCUGGAUUAUGGUCUAUUCAAGUAGCUGCAGAUAAUUUAUCUCACAGAAAAGUAUAAUAAAACUGACAAUCGAGGAUUUUCCUGUGAUUACAUAAAAGUUUAGGUGUUGUCCUGUUUGUGAUGUGAAGUCCAUAAACAGUCGACUUCUUCCUGAAGUGUAAACAACAUCAACAGUACAUUAGUUUUCCUUUAUUAAGAAUGUGUUAAACAUAAUUACUCUAUAUUUUGGUUGAGAAUAUUUUUAAAAAUAUUAGCAAGUGAUGCAAUACUACAACUGUUGUUGUUUUUUAUCACUCUGUAUCUGAUUGAAUAAUUGUCUUUGUUUUCAUCACUUGUUACCACCAAACAGGAAACUAAGAUUUUCACAGCUUCAUAAGAAGUGUUGUCUGACACUAAUGAGUGAUGAGGAUGUGAGUUCUUACGCCUGUAAUUACAGCUCUGCACUAGUUAUCAUAACAGAUAAAUAUGUUAUGUUGCAUGUCAAUUUUCACAACUUUCCAUUUAUCAGGCUGUAAAUGAGUGAAUACAGAUGGGUGUCACUGUCACAUACCGGUGCCACUCAAUACCUGGGUAUCAGUACUGAAAGCAAAUCAGUACUCUUCAACAUUUUACAAAACAAACUAAACUUCUCAGACCCGUAGAUGUUGGAUGAAGGCGCAACACAACCAUUUGCAUUUUAAAUACUGUAUAACAUAUGGAAAAUAUAAUAUAAUUAAAUCAAACAAUAUUUUGUCAAUAAAUAAAACUAGUCCAAGAAUUUGGCAAACUCUAUGGAGCUAAUUCAGUCUGUUGAUUUUCAGCCUCAUUAGCACCAAUGUGUAAAUCCACUCAUGACUCAGACCCACUGAGGUGCCACAGUUUAUCUUUGUGCCAAUUUAAUGUCACAUUAUUGCUUUGCUGUUUUUGCUCCUUUCUUUAAUUAUUGUUUGAUAUUUGUAUAUUAGAAAUGGUGAUCUCACACUUGUGUUGACACCUUGAGCACUAACAGGCUGAGUGUGUGUGUACAUUA